AUGAAUUUAGAAGAAUUGAAUGAAGAUGAAAAGAAAACAAUUCAAGUUGUUAAAGAAUUUAGAGAUUUUCUUGAAUAUGAGUACACAUUGAAAGAUAAUAUUAGAUUUUCAGCAGAUAGCACUUUGAACAUGUGGAACAAUUGUCCUGAUAGUUAUAUUGCAGCAAUUAAAGAAGAAAUUAAUGGUGAAACUGAUGAUUUUAAUUACAUUAAGAGACUUGAAGAAUUAAGCAACAAAAUUUUCAAUAAGUUCAGUGCUUUAGAUGAACAAGAAGAAAUAAAUCCAGAAGAAAAUAAACAGAGAUUAAAUGAAUCAAAUGAACAUGUAAACUUAGCUCAUGAAGACAUUGAAAAUCUCAAAAAUAAAAUUGAAGAGGAAAGAAAAAUCCAUGAAGAGAUAAUGACUACUAUGAAUGAUAUCAUUCU